AUGCAGAUCAAGCAAAUACUGGAAAAGACUGUGUGCGCAUCUCGAAAAGAUUGGGCAGUGAAGUUAGAAUAUGCUAUAUGGGCGUACAUAACGGCAUUCAAAACUCCUAUAGGUAUGUCCCUCUAUCAGUUAGUUUACGGUAAAGCUUGUCACUUGCCACUAGAGUUGGAGCAUAAAGCGUUUUGGGCAUCCAAAUUCUUAAGUUAUGGUCUUACCAAAGCUGGUGAAUCCCAAAUUCUUCAACUCCAUGAACUAGAAGAGUUUAGGAAUCAAGCUUAUGAGAAUGCCAAACUCUAUAAGGAGAAGACAAAAAAAACUGGCAUGACCAAAAGCUAUAGAGAAAGGAGUUUGUGGAGGGGAAGUUGGUGCUCUUGUUCAAUUCCAGGUUAA